AGUGUGUUGAUCGGGGCACGAAAAGGUCAAGAUUCAUCAUCAUCUGUCGUUUUGGUACCGCAUACUCAUCAAACUCCGUGGAGGUCCAUAAGAUUUCCUGUUAAUCCAUCGAGUCAAAAUAGUCAAAAUCGAUAGAAGAUAUUUCUAGUCAAAUUGAUAGACAAAUCUAGACAUCACCAGAAGGCGUUUUUUGUGAGUAAAGUUCAUCUAACUUUUACUUAAUGGUGGUCGACGCAUCAUCAUCUACUGCGAUAUUACAUAGCAUUUCGUCUUUCGUAUUCGUCCAACAUUCAAAUUUCUCGCGGUCGCGACCAGCAGUGACCGCGUAGUACAUAUUUCUGUUUACCACACUCGUAACGUAGCUGUGGUAGUAUCGCAUUCUUUGUUGGACGAUAAUAUCCUAAUUAUUCAUCGCAUCGCGAUCGCUUUGAAAUCGAUCAAAAAUCAGCCUUCAAAAUCAAUGAAGAUAUCAAACACGAUAAUAUAUGAUGUUAGUACUGUUAGGUGUUAGAAGGCAGCAUCAUGGAUGUUGACAUUGAUUUCCACCCACAGGCGAGCAGUCCCGUAAAGUCAGACAACUUUGAUGUUGCGAUUGAUAGACUCAAAAAUGAACUAUUUUCGCGCAUCGAAAUCUGCGACCGCCCCUGCUCAGUCGGGACGAGGCGGCGCAGCAAAGGUGGCUGCAGUGAACCCGAUGAAACAGUUAAGGCUUCCCCUAAUCCAUCCCUGUAGAGGACAUCCCUCAAACAACAUAUGCGCCCCAAAAAUGCGAGGUAUCGAUACAAGAACUGACGCAUAUGCUUGAGGGACGAUUUCCACGACAGGGAUGAAUUAUAGGGGAGGACGAGAGCUCCUCUAAAAAAGCGCAUCAUCCAGUUCCUCGAAGAUCAGGAGAAGUUGAGAGGGAAGCUACUCAGUGAUAAGAGGAAAGGCAAACCCAGCCAACCGGUUGGCGAAGGAGGACAUGAUAUUGUCGAGGUGCACUUGAAGAAUCCGUUAGCGAAUCCGGUAGCUCUUGGUGCUGCUGGCAGUCCUCGUGGUCCAGCGGACGACAAGCACCAGAUGAGCGACGAGGAUGCCGAAAGCGCGAAGACGAGCACCUCCAGUUGUACUUCUAGCAGGAAGGACGCAAGUAGAGCUGCAACGGCACCAAAAAAUGUCGUACAAGGACUGCAAAUGUUCGAUCCUUCGAAUCCGAUUGAAUGCCUUCGGUCUGGUGUGUACAACGGAGCAAUGAUACGAGGCGGGCUCGAGUUACUCUUCCAGGUUUUUCUGCCUCUGAUUGUCUUCGUAGGAAUGCCGUUUCAGCUAUACUACAGAGAUGAGAUCCAUAACAACUAUUCGCCUGCAGGAGUGGUGGCAACUACGUCAGGUGGAGGUGGACAGGCAUCAGCAGAUGUUGUAGUUGGAGGUACUAGUUGUACUAGUGGAGCUCCUUCUGGUAGCAUGAUGAUGUUGACUUCGUGUGCUCCUUCAUCAUCUUCAUCUACUGUCGUGCUAGAACAAGUAGAUGAAGGAGCACCUGCUGGUGCUGCACCAGCGCCAGGAGCACCUGUUUUUGCAUGGUCUCUUUUUGGGAGUAUCUCAGCCUCCUCUUCUUCCUGGCUGCGGUCACCAGAACUCCAGCAACAGUCUUCUGCAACGUCUUGGAGCGACUUGUUACUCUUUCCACCAACAUCUUCAUCUUCUGACGAACAAGGAGCUGAAGAAAACAACAAGAAGGCACUCGUCGCUCCACUAGUGAAGGACAGUAAACUUCUCGUACGCAUAGACCCGAAUAACAUGUUCGCAAACUCUCUCGACCUCCUAGAGCUAAACUACAUGCAGAUCAGCUACGACGAAAUCGAUUUGGCACUAGGUGGCAUGUAUCCGAUCGUUUUGCUGCUUCUGUUUGCGUACUUGUUGGAGAAAUUACUGUCUGGUAAGCGGAUCUACAGUAUCUGGCCUGACGAGAACGAAAGGGUGAGCAAGAGCGUCGCAUUGCUGCUGAAACAUCCAGGAUUGUACUUCUGCGGAAUGCCAGUCGAUGAAGAGUUGAAGAGGAAAAACUUGCCUCCAAAGAUGUUGGAACCAGUGUUGAACAACACGACCAAUGGAAACGACUGCGAGGACGCGUCUUCCUCUAAGAUGAACACUAAGAACAACAAGAUGAACGCAGUCAACAUCAAGAACGACCUAAAAGAUGAUCCACUGCCACAGCAAGCACCCGAAGAAGUGGAGGAAAUUCAGAAGCCAGUGGUCCGCUUUAGUAGUCGUGGACCGUGUGGAAGUGGUGGUGCAGACCUCUUCGCAGAUGAAGAACUAGAAAUUAGCCUGAUGCAGCAGCAGCAGCAACUGCGCGAGAAAGAUCAUAAAGCUCCUCAAGCUCAGCAACAAAGUCGUGAAAAAGAAAACCAAAUAUACUCUCCAACAUCUAGAAGUUGUUCUACUAGGGAACACCAGUCACAACGACCUGCUCAACUACAACAUCGCGUCUCCUCCAUGUCUGAAUUUGUCACAAAAUGUUGGCCUUCUUACCCCGAUUACGACAAGGAGAUGACACCUUGGUGGGUGCGGGUGUAUCAAUACUUGCCCGGUUGCUUUACCGGCGACAUCACGACUCUCAUCCCUUUUUUCAUCCACGAAGUGCCUGAGGAAGAAAAAGACUUCGAUUUGCAGGUAUGGAUCAAGGUAGAUGCAUUUACGGAGGGAGAAGAGGAGAUGGGCAUCGUCGGGAAGUCAUCCGGAGAACAAGAGGAGGGUCGUAGAGGUAGUAGUAGUUCUUUGGAGGUGGAGGAAGCGCUUGCUAUUGAUUUCAAGUUUCCGAAAGGAGUUGAACUUUCUACAACGUCUUCGAGUACUUCUGAUGAAUCAGUUUGUUCCUCAACGAGAGUACAUGACCACGAUGCUGAAUCAUCGGCGUCCGCGUCUGCAGAACUGCGUCAACGCCGUGGCCAGCAUCCACCUCCUGUAAAUGAACAAAAAGAACAAAAACAUGAUUUUUCGCGGAGUUCCUCUUCCAGUACAGGAGGUGCAAGCUCAUGCAAGAAAAGCACGAGGUCUACCUCCACGACUAGUACAACCACCUGCGACCGCAAAGACAUUGGUCUCCUCAUCGUCCUUCACGGCCUAAACGCUGGCACGAAAGCUGAAUACAUCGUAGAUCACGUAAACUACUGGGUUGAACAGCAUCAGCAUCUCGAUACAGCAGAUGGUGAAGAGAGAAAACCCAUGGCAGUAGCCGGAAUUAAUGCUCGUGGCUUAGGGGCAAGUUGUCUGACAUCCGGAAGCUUCUUUCAUGGAGCGCGGACAGACGAUAUGCAGAUAGCGAUUCGAGAACUGAUGAAACUGUGGCACUAUUGUGGAUUUGACUCUGACAGGAUUUUCGUUGUGUCUUUCAGCAUGGGCGCCAUCAUUUUAGGGCAGUUGCUGUCGAGAAUGGGGCUCAGGGGUGAAGAUUGCUUUGCUGAGGUAGUGGAGGCGAUUGAAGAUGUUAAAAAUGUAGUUGAACAAGAAAAUGAUCAUCAUGAUGUUGAUGAUGAGCAGCAAUUAGAAGGACCAGAAGUAGAAGCACCAGAUGAUGCUAGUGGCGAGGAUUCGCUCGUUGUCCAACAGGAUCAUGCGCAGCAGGAAGAUGAUCACGAGGACGAGAGUGUCACUGUAGCAAGCGAGCAGAUCGACACUUCUUGUUCCCUCAAAGCGGAGUCUUCUUCUCCUCUCAUGCGUACCAAAAGCCACGAAAAGCAUGGCUCCGAUGCAACUCUCCUAACAACCACAACAACUGCAUCAGCAAGCAUGUCCUCGAGUGCGUCAUCGUCCUCAACAUCCUCGUCGUCGCUAAUGACGUUAGGAGAAGUCCCAGGUCGUGACUUCAACAUCCAUGAGUCGGCUUCUGGCGCGUUUACCACAACUAGUACGGGAGAAGCUCCUUCUACAUCGACUUCUUCUAGACGGACAUCGACUGCUGACUCUACCACCACUCUCUCAUUCCUGCCCAACGCCUCUUCGACAACAACAAAAACGGCAACGUCUGUCGGACACGGACCACCAUCUUCUGCUAACUCUAACAUCAUCAUGAGUACCAACAUACCUACCAGUACGACUACGACCACAUCAACACUUCUUUCAUCUUCCACCAAACAACGAGGACUUCUAGAACAGGAAGCCCCUGCUGCUCGACCAAAAAUGAAGAAGCUGAAGCCUCGUGGAUGUAUGGUCAUUUCUGGUCAGCCCUUUCCUGCGAUUCACUUGACCUCCAAACGACCGAAUCGCAUAUGGGAGCCACCAUUGGCCAUGGAGGUGAAGAGUACCCAGAACCGCUGGUUCCCUCGAUCCCAGAAACGCAAUGAACAGCUGAGCUCUCCGACUUCAAGAAAGCGAUGGUUGCUCCAGAAUGGGGAGAAAAGAGAGGAGACUGCGACGUGUGGUGUUUUUGGUGUUGAUGAUGCGAAGAUGAACAGGAGCACUACUUCUUCUACAGGGGCUGCUGCAGCUGUGGCUGGUGGUGGAUCUCCUGCGAGCUGCAUUGCAGGAAGUAGCAACGUGGUCGUCAUAAAAGAUGACCCAUCUAUCGGAAUCGGCGCACUUAUUUCUUCGUCAACAUCUGAUGCUACUUGUUCUACCACAUCUUCUAGUUCAACAUCCUGUGGUGCCUCUUCCUCCGACGUGGAUGUUUCCGCAAAAGAGCAGGACGAUGACACCGACAUUCAAGAGGCAGGCGACGGCACACCACUAGCAGGGCUACGCAGGAAGAUCGUUUCUACGUGGUUCUCCACUACCUCAAGAUCACGGCUAGAGGCUUUUAUGACGGGAUCGGGAACUACCUCGACAACGAACAGGAACAAUGAGAACCACGACGGAAGCCGCGCAAGAGCAGCUGGAGGACAAAGGCAUGGUGCUGGUGGACAUAGUGGACAUAGUACAUCAUCAUCCACCACGAGCACUAGUGUUCUUGCCAAAAAAGGACGCACCACGACUCGUAAAGAAAACGAAGUAACCAAGAUUCAUUGGAAGAGUAUCCCAGAUCACAUGCAUCCUUGCGUCAACUAUUGGAGAUCCUACUUCACCACAGCACCUACGAAGACCGAUGUGAGAGCCUUAGAGGCAAAACGACAGGGAGAAUGGUUUUACAAGCCUCGAUAUGCGCCUUAUUUAGUUCGACGUUGUGAAGAGCAGGAGGAGAUCUUCACGAACAAGGGAGAUGAGUACAAGAAGAAUACCAAGACGGAAGAUCAUGAGGAUAACAUCACGAAGAAGAUUAGUAUUCAUACAACUUCCAAUGCUCCUAGAAGUCGAAGAACAAAAACAAUCCUGCAAAAUACCAACCCCCACAGCAGCUUUUACACCUCCUGUUGUUACGAGAAACAGCGUCUAUUUCGACCGAUUGACCCAACGAAGGUUUUGGCCUCUCGCACCUUGCAGGAGUAUGACUACCACUUCAGCGCACCGGCAGGAGGAUUUGGUCCAGGAUUCCAAGGACUGCUCCACUACCACGCUGCCCAAAACACUGACGUACGAACAAUCAGCAUGUGCCCAACGUUGUUCCUCCAUGCGUUAGAUGACCCGAUUUGUAUUGCGGAGGGUUUAUUGGAGUUAGUCGAAACCUGCGUGAAAUGGUCCUUGUUGAACGAGCAUGCUCCAGAAAAGCGUGUGGAUGUGCGGAAUAUCCUGACUAGCUUCCGCAGAGCGCCAGUGGAGGAUGUGGAGGAAGGAUUAGGAGAACGAAGACCAGCAGAAGGUGAAGUAGAGGACGAAGUUGAUCAUGUUGAUGCCUCAUUUGGAGGAGGAACAUCUGGAAGUAAUUCUGCGUCUGCGAACAACAACAGCAGAAACUAUGUAAUUCCUGCGAAGAAUUCUAGCUGCAAUGGAACAACAACUACGACAUCAAAGAAGAUCAAGGAACAUCGCGCUUUGCUUCUACUCACUAGAACGGGAGGACAUGUUGCGUGGCCAGAAACGAACCCUUGGAACGGGAGAAGAUGGGGGUAUUUGAAGGAUAUCUCUCGAAGUUUUUUCGCCGCCUGUGAGCGCGCUGAAUUCGUGGAUGAUGUGAACGUGUAGUCAGUGAUGUGUAGUCAGUGUCAGGACGAUCCUUGACAUAUUAGAUUUAGAGUAGUCAAAACAAAAACAUAAACACCAACAUAAUCUCCAUAUUACUCUCUGUAGUUGUGAUCCUGUAUGAACAAGUUCGUUGAAGAACACGAACACCAACAACAACAUCUUCCUAUUAUUCUCGCUUAUUUCCUCCCUUAUUUCUUGUUUUAUCUUCCUCUUACGACUUCUAUUCGUCUUGUUGAUGUUAGUCCUCGUUGAUCUGAACAGAGGCCAGCACUUCUUGUCGUUUUGUCUUUCCAUAUGAGAGUAACUCCUUGAAGAAAAUAUAAAUAUCCAUACAACUAGGCUCUCCUACUUCUUAUCAAGUGACUUCUUCAACUGUCACCACGUAAAAAUGCCACUAUGUGACACCAGAUGAAGUUUUAUUGUAUACCGACAUCAACACUACAUGAUAAAUCUUCGGGUCCUACUUGAAAUGCUUAGCGGACCUGGGAAGUCCAUCCGAUCCAUCCGACCCAUCCCGUCCUGAAUCUUCCGGCGCCCCACCUAUAAACUGUUCUAGUUUAGUAUGUCCGGCUCAAGUUAAAAGACUCAAAAAACUAUAAUAUUGCUCGGUGAAGAGAAUGGUACGAGACUCACCAAACUUCAUUCCUCGCUGACUCAUUGAAGAGAGAGGGGGCAUGACAUUCAAGAGGAGAGAGGUCGCAGGACUUCAUUCUUAGAGAGGAACAAGACGUCAUUGAUACUACACUUCCUUAACAGCGUCAGAGUUAGUACCUUCAGAGUCAGCGACCAAUGAGUUAUCACAUCUAAUCAAGGCACAGAAGCUCGAAGCAAAGGAGCUCUAGGAACAGGAGCUACGCCGCGCAAAGGAGCUAAGCCGCGCAAAGGAUAGCUCUUUGCUAUCUUCUAUGAAGAGAGGUCGACUUUGCUAUGAAGAGAGG